AUGGAAAAGAUUAUGUCAGCUUUGAUAAAAUCGUUUCACGUUGAUGAAAUUUACACUACUAUUAAAUCGACCAAGGAUCUUGUCACACCGACUCCUGUGGAAUCCGAAAUUGUUCAAUCGAAUAAUUUCCACAAUAUCGAUGAUGAAAUAAGAAAUAAAGAUAUAUUGGACACCGGGAACACCGACGAAAUAGCAUUUAACAAUAACAAGGGUGGAUGUGACGUGUUGAGGGACGACUUCAUAGAAGUGGCAGUGGACCCUCACGAUAUUCUGAAAACGCAGACUUUUGUAUACUCUAUAACUCCAGCGGAGCUCCGUUUGUACUUUAAAGAUCGGAACUCUAAGAACGCAACGGUGCCCAAAAAGGGUAAACUAUUUGCAAGGUUCUCCUUCAACGCAAUAGUGACGCCCUUUGAGACCAUUUCUUCGUCUCGUGAAUGCUUUCGUAUGUUUUACAAGAACUCACCCAUAAUAUUUUGUGGGAGUGAUACUAAAUCGAGAGAUUCAUUUAUGGUAUCUCUGAUCAAGGCUAAAUUCUGCCACGUUGCACACACAGCAUUGAGUCCAGCACACAAAACGUCCGAAAGGGGUAAGGGUGCUGAAAAGUUACCAAAGUACUCGACUAAGAUAAAGCGUCUUGAGAGUCUGCUCAGCGGGAAGGAGGACGUCGGCAUAAAUCCUCACGAGAACAAGAUUACGAACAUUGACAUAAAGAAUUUGAUCUCUGGAAGGCCACAGAUGAUGUUUCUAAGGCCAAAGGCUGAUAAGCCUCACAGGUUCGCCUCUAACUCCUGUGAGAAGCUUCAAACUGACAUGGUUGAGUGCUACAAGGCGUCCCGGUGCUUCAAGGAGCUCAACAGAAGCUUCGAAGAGUGCCUGGACAACCUCAGGGUUGAUGAGGUUGGCGCCGAGUGCGUCCAGCUCAAGAAGUCGCUCGCGCAGUGCAGAAGGAACCUGCUGAAUGGCAAGUUCCGCACCACCGGAAACCCGUACUCCGGCUGA